GAUUAUCUUAAUAAUCCUAAUAUUUAUGCUCAAUAUAUCACUAGAAGAAAGGUUUUUCACUCAAAAUAUAAGAUAUUAGCACUUGAACAUUAUUCACAGAAUGUAAAAUACGUAAAAAAUGGUCAGAGUGCUAUUCAAUAUCAAAUUCCUAAUGAAUAUAUUAUAAAGACAGAAGUUGCAAAUCAAAUGUUAUAUUGUGAAACAAAAUACACUUUGGCAAAUAAAGUUUUAUAUACUAUUACAUGGAAAGAAGGUCGAGCAAAAUGGAUAGUAUCUAGUAAGCAGUCUGCUACUGGGGUUGUAAAUGCAUUUUUAAAGAAAAUUAAUCGUGAAAAUUCUCAAAUUUCUGGAAUACAUAUAUUUGGAUUUAAUAUUGAAAUAUUACAUCAAGCACGAAUUAAACAGUCUAAAAAAUCAUCUACAGCAAAAGCUAUUGUCAAUAAGAGGAAAAGACCACUUAAUGAAAUGCAAUUAGUAUCAUAG